AUUGCUCCGCCCAAAGCAGCGCCCAGCUAUGGAGGGCGACCCGGCAGGAGGGGCCGCGCGCGCGCCGCCGGCCGAGCGCCGCCCGCCCGCCGCCCCGCCGCGGCUCUCGGAGGACCCGAGCGGGCGCCCCCCGCGGCCGGACCCGCUCUCCAACCUGGCCGCGGCCUACGGGAGCAGCCUGGCCUGGCGGGGGAGGGCGCUGGCCGAGCGCCUGGUGCCGCUGCGCCGCCUGCAGUGCUACUUCGCGGUGGACACGCGGUACGUGGGGCAGAAGCUGGCGCGGCUGCUCUUCCCCUUCGGGCACCAGGACUGGCAGGUGCGCUACCAGCAGGACCCCCCCGUGGCGCCCCGCUUCGAUGUCAACGCCCCCGACCUCUACAUUCCAGUCAUGGCCUUCAUCACUUACCUGCUGGUGGCUGGGCUGGCGCUGGGCACGCAGAAUCGGUUCUCCCCCGACCUGUUGGGCUUGCUGGCAAGCUCCACCCUGGCGUGGCUCAUCGUGGAGGUGCUGGCCGUUCUGCUCGGCCUCUACCUUGUGGCUGUCAACACCGCACUGACCCCGAUCGAUCUGGUCGCCUUCUCAGGCUACAAAUAUGUAGGUAUGAUUGCAGGCCUCUUGGCAGGGCUGGUGUUUGGGAAGCCUGGUUAUUACAUGCUGCUCGGCUGGUGCUGUGUCACCAUCUUUGUGUUUACGAUCCGUUCGCUGCGCCUGAAGAUCCUGUCAGAGGCAACUGAAGGGGUCCCGAGAUCUUGACAAAGAAAACCCCCAUCGAGCCCAGCAGGAUAGUCACCAGGAUGGCCAGAAGGACUGCAAGGAUCACAGCUGGAGAAGAGAAAGAGGCAAAGGAUCAGAAUGAGAACUUACCACCGAGGGUGAUGGACAGAAGGGAACACGCGCACAAUGGGAUUCCCUUCCCUGGAGAAGCUGUGGCAGUAGCACAAUGAGGGAGUCGGCAGCCCUUCCCACCUCAGAAGAGCUGCUGUGGAGCUAUUGUACCAGCAGCACCAAGGACAGCCCUGCCAAGAUGUCCCAGAAAACCCAGGCCCUUCUUGGAUUGAGCUGGCCACAAAACCAAGGCCUCUGGGUGAUGUCCGGCUCUUGGUGUAGCCACUGGGAGAAAAGCAGAGCAGUUGGCCAGAGGCUGAAGACCAGUGAUCAUCCUUGGCAAAGCUGACUCUUCCAAGCCACUCCCCCCUUCCCAGGCCUGGGCACCCCUAAUAUGCACACCAAAGGUCCUAGAGGCUCAUCUGCCCCACUCUCCAAAAGGCAGCGAGUGCCAAACAAGCCUCGUGCAUGAACCCAGGACUUUUACCUUUAGUGGCUGGCCCUCCACGCACCACUGUUGCCUCUGCAGCCCCACCUGGAAGUCAAGAGAAUUCUGGCAUCAGAGACCCAGAGCAAUGGUCUUCUGGCGGCAGACUCACCAAAGAGCUUGACCUGACCUGGAACACUCCUGGCGGAGCAGCCUUGGACAAAAUCUCCUGGGGAGAUCUCAGCCUUUUCUCUGUGUUAAAGUUGUUAAGUUUUAAGCUGCAUUCUGGAGGGUGACCUGGAGCACACCCCUUGCUGGGAACCAACUGGGGAUGCCAGGUCCUGGGGACUCCCACUUCCAGCACAAGGUGCUCUGAAGGCAGGAGAAACACAGGCUGCUUCCUCUCGGGGCUGAGAAUUUGGGUGUAGCAUAAGCCACAAAGCACAAAGGGGAGAAAGGCAGCGGGAGCCUCAAACCGUUGUAGUGGCAGGGGGUCCCAGCAGUAGGAAAAGAGGAAAGCAGCGGCAAGUGUUGUGUUCCCAAAUACACUUUACCCCAAAUCUCUCUGGCAACUCUCUGGCAUGCUCACCUGUGGGGUGGUGCUCUCUGAGCUAGGUUGUUUUCUUGCAGACGUUUCAUUACCCAACUAGAUAUCACCAAUGCUAGUCAGUGCUAGACUAGCACUGAUGAUUUUACCUAGUUUGAAUAAUAAAAUGUCUUCAGAGAAACCAA